CUAGUUCAAGACUGAAAAGUCGCGUUUGAAGACGAAACGUUCUGACUCUUUAUAUUUAACGAUUCUUUCAAACAGAGUAUUAAAUACACGUGACUGGCAGGUCAUCUGGGGCAUGCAUCUUGAAGGAGUCCAAACGAUACAUCACAAUGGGAAUAAGUAGUUCCAAAAGUUCUAUAGAGGAGCAGCCGUAUUCUAGACAGGAGACAGUCGAGAUCAUUAGCAAGCGAACCAUUGGCAAACUAAUCGUGAAGCAUUGUGGUAACGAAGGACAGGCAGACGACCCGACACUUGUCGUAACUCUGAGACGAAUACUCCAAGCAACGAUCACUAAACUCGACACGGAAUCAGAGGAAACGUGGAGGAAUGCAGAGAUCGUUAUUUACGAUCAGGAAGGAAACGAUUUCUGUAUUCGAUCGGGAGAUUUUGAAAACAAGUUUGUCGUUCAACUCGACGAAAAAGAUGAGAUUAACAUAACGUGCACGGAUAGAAAAAAGAAAAGUUACCUUCCGUGCUUCCCUUUCUCGUCAAAACAGUCCGACUCCUCAAAUAGUUCAUCUUCAUCGGCAAAAAAAGCCGCCAUUGAACAGGGACCGACCACCGACUCUGCGGGUAGUGAAGAAUCCCAGGGUUCGUAGCAAUCGGGGGCGAGUUGUUUAAAGCUAGGUUAGCGCUAACCCAGGAUUAAUGCGCUCUUUUAGUUUAUGCUUCUGAGCCGCUGUGCGCUUUAAAACGUUUACAAGAUAAAAAAAGACUUCUGUCAGUCCAGAAAUUUUUA